AUGAUCACCAGUACUGCCUCAGCAGCGAGGCAAGCUUUCGAUGCCACGGCCGAAGCAUUGGCCGGCGAGAUCGUGUUUGCACAGGCUUCUCACUUUGUGUGUGCACAAUCGUUGACUUCCAACUCCACCGUGCCCCAUGUGGCCUAUCUUCGGGGACCCAGCUCUUCGCAACUCUGGCCUGUGGCCGGCGAGGCCCAGGAUGCGCAGGUGCUUGAGAACAAGGGCCGUUUGUUUGAGUGGCUUCUGCUUCAGAGGCCCGCCGUGCUUGCAGAGAUCUCUCCGGACAACAGCUGGACGUACCUAGAGCGUAUGGCUCCUUUGGUCAUCUACCUCGUGGAUGCCAAGGAAUCCAAGGCCCGGGCGCGUGGUGAGGCACUCUUCAGUGAAAUCGAGAGCAGAUUGGAGGCAAAAUACUACCAACUGGUUUGGGCCGACUGCGACGAGUUUGCGUCGCAGUUCGAUGUCGUCACGUGUCCCUCCAUCCUUGUCGCUGACAGCUCACACGAGGACGACGACAUCCGAACCUCGCACAUCUCACUUCAGGAGAUCGAUACGCCAAGCUCCAGCAGCCGGGCCCAGGCUUGGGCCGUCGGUGGGACGGCCUCAGAGCGUGUGCGCCUCUGGUUGGAGUGGAAGACAGAAGCGGCACGAAAGCGCAUCGACGAGGCCAUGAAUGAGACGAACACGUCAAAUGCCACCAACUCCUCCAACUCCUCUUCCGAGAUGCCUCUGAGGGAGGUCAUCGCUUACAGCGAAGACUGGGGCCAGGAGGUGCUGAAUCACCUCAAGGCACGGCAAAUCAAUGCCCGGCGAGAAGGUCUGGGUAGCAGACGCUGCUCCCUGCUACGUCUUGGAUCUCACGCGAUUUAA